AUGCUGUUUGGCGACUCGUCGCCAUUCCGGGAGCAGCUCGGCCUCGGCCUAGAGGCGAGUGUCCGUCGCUGUGUCGGAGACACCUGUCCCCGACACCAAGACAACCAGCUCUCUCUCCUGCCCCGCGGCGGGAGAGCGUGUCCGGCCGGCCGGCGGGGCUCGCGCACCCUCCUUCUAUUCCCCUUUCCCUGCAGCCUUUGCCCCGCCAGGCCCGGCCCGGACCUCCGAGCCCCGGCCUCCUCCUCCUUCUGGCCGCCCCGCGCCGCCUCGGCGGGGCCCGCCGGCGAGUCUAAACCCAAGAGCGAUGGAAAGAACUCAAAUGGAUCAAAGCGUUAUAAUCGCAAGCGUGAACCUUCCUACCCCAAAAAUGAAAAUUUUACCAACCAGUCCCGUCGCUCCAAUUCACAGAAAAGCAAAACUUUUAAUAAGAUGCCUCCUCAAAGGGGCGGCGGAAGCAGCAAGCUCUUUAGCUCUUCUUUUAAUGGUGGAAGACGAGAUGAGGUAGCAGAGGCUCAACGGGCAGAGUUUAGCCCUGCCCAAUUCUCUGGCCCUAAGAAGAUCAACCUGAACCACUUGUUGAAUUUCACUUUUGAACCUCGAGGCCAGGCAGGUCACUUUGAAGGCAGUGGACAUGGCAGCUGGGGAAAAAGAAACAAGUGGGGACAUAAACCUUUUAACAAGGAACUCUUUCUACAGGCCAACUGCCAAUUUGUGGUGUCCGAAGACCAAGACUACACAGCUCAUUUUGCCGAUCCUGAUACCUUAGUCAACUGGGACUUUGUGGAACAAGUGCGUAUCCGUAGCCAUGAAGUGCCAUCUUGCCCAAUAUGCCUCUAUCCACCUACUGCAGCCAAGAUAACCCGUUGUGGACAUAUCUUUUGCUGGGCAUGCAUACUGCAUUAUCUUUCACUGAGUGAGAAGACUUGGAGUAAAUGUCCCAUCUGUUACAGUUCUGUGCAUAAGAAGGAUCUCAAGAGUGUUGUUGCCACAGAGUCACACCAGUAUGUUGUUGGUGAUACCAUUACAAUGCAGCUGAUGAAAAGGGAGAAAGGAGUAUUGGUGGCCUUGCCCAAGUCCAAGUGGAUGAAUGUAGACCAUCCUAUUCAUCUAGGAGAUGAACAGCACAGCCAGUACUCCAAGCUGCUGCUGGCCUCCAAGGAGCAGGUGCUGCAUCGAGUUGUUCUGGAAGAGAAAGUAGCCCUGGAGUGGCAGCUGGCAGAGGAGAAGCACACUCCUGAAUCCUGCUUUGUUGAGGCGGCUCUCCAGGAGCUCAAGACUCGGGAAGAAGCUUUGUCAGGAUUGGCUGAAAGCAGAGAGGAAGUCCCGGGUGGUGUUGCUGCUCUGGAACAACUGGUGCUGAUGGGUCCCUUGGCGAAAAAGUCGGUUUUUCCACCCAGAAAGGGUGUGCUAGAAUAUCUGUCUGCCUUUGAUGAAGAAACCACAGAAGUUUGUUCCCUGAACUCUCCUCAUCCUCUUGCUCUCCCUCUGGUAGAAGAGGAGGAAGCAGUGUCUGAACCAGAGCCUGAGGGUUUGUCAGAGACUUUUGAUGGCUCGGAGUUAGCAGAUGACAAUCUUGGGGAGGGGACUGUUUGUAUUGAGUCCAGCCAGCAGGAACCAGUUGCUAAGCCUGGCUUCACACACCUGAGCAGCUCUCCUUGCUACUACUUUUACCAAGCGGAGGAUGGGCAGCACAUGUUCCUGCACCCCAUCAAUGUGCGCUGCCUUGUGAGGGAGUAUGGCAGCCUGGAGCGGAGCCCGGAGAAGAUCUCAGCGACUGUGGUGGAAAUCGCUGGGUACUCCAUGUCUGAGGAUGUUCGACAGCGUCAUAGAUAUCUCUCUCACUUGCCGCUCACCUGUGAGUUCAGCAUCUGUGAACUGGCUCUGCAGCCUCCUGUGGUCUCUCGGGAAACCCUAGAGAUGUUCUCAGAUGAUAUUGAGAAGAGGAAGCGUCAGCGCCAGAAGAAGGCUCGGGAGGAACGUCGCCGAGAACGUAGGAUUGAGAUGGAGGAGAACAAGAAACAGGGCAAGUAUCCAGAAGUCCACAUUCCCCUGGAGAAUCUACAGCAGUUUCCUGCCUUCAAUUCAUAUACCUGCUCUUCUGAUUCUGCUUUGGGUCCUACCAGUACUGAGAAUCAAGGAGCCCUCUCCCUUUCUCCUCUUAGCAGAAAUCCAGGUUCUCAUGCAGACUUUCUGUUGACCCCUCUGUCACCCACUGCCAGCCAGGGCAGUCCCUCACUCUGCGUUGGAAGUCUGGAAGAAGACUCUCCCUUCCCUUCCUUUGCCCAGAUGCUGCGGGUUGGAAAAGCAAAAGCAGAUGUGUGGCCUAAAACUGCUCCAAGGAAAGAUGAGAACAGCUUAGUUCCUCCUGCCCCUGUGGACAGUGAUGGGGAGAGUGAUAACUCUGACCGUGUUCCUGUACCCAGUUUCCAGAAUUCUUUCAGCCAAGCUAUUGAAGCAGCCUUCAUGAAACUGGACACACCAGCUACUUCAGAUCCCCUGUCUGAAGAAAAAGGAGGAAAGAAAAGGAAAAAACAGAAACAGAAGCUCCUGUUCAGCACCUCAGUCAUCCAUACGAAGUGACACUACUCGCCCAGGCUACCUUCUCAUCUGGUUUUCUUUUUUCUGUGCUUUGUUUUGCUGCUGUAAUUUUUAAGUAUUUGGGUUUGAACAGAUUAGCUUGGGUGGGGGGAGGGGGUUUCCACAUGUGAGGGGGAACCAAGCAAAUUUUAAAUACAGUGUAUUUUCCGGCUUCCCAUCUUUACACCAAAAUAAAGUAUUGACACUCUGAA